CUGCAUAUUUAAAUGAAUGCAUUGAAUGCAUUCAUUUCACUUAUCUUCUUCACUUUAUUAUCUUUAUCUUCUUACUGGCCCGGUUGCCUUCAAUGCCCCCUCCCGAGCAGCCUUCUUCACCUUCGUCUUUAUCGACACAUGACUCCUCGUCGUUGCACCAUCUACCCGAUGUUAUACAAGUCCCCUUCGACAACCUUUUCACCCCUGCUGCAGAAACAGAAGCACAAAGUAAAGGAGCUCAACUUAAUCAAAAAAGAAGAAGAGUUGCUGAUGUUUUACUAGAAAAGUCAAAGGAUGGCAAACUUCAGCACGGUUUAAUCAGCAAAGUUGCUGAGGAAUUCAGCUUUACAAGGAAAACUGUGAGCAACAUUUGGCAAAUUGUUAAAGCUCAAUUGGACUUUGGCCUACCUAUUGAUGUUCAAUGCCAUUGGAAAGGAAGUUGUGGCAAAAAAAGGGUCCCUGUAGACAUGGAAAAACUGGCAGCUAUCCCGCUGUCUAGACGCAAGAACAUGCGUGCACUUAGCUUUGCUAUGGAGGUUUCAAAAUCCACAGUCCACAGAUGGCUAAAGCGCAUUCUCUAUUCCUCUGUAAGAUCACGAUAUUUCGGUAUGAAUACACUCAGUCCAUUCGUUUUUUCUGACUUUAAGUGUCUUGACCAUAUAUCUCCUCAAUCACUCCCCAUAAGCCCAACUUUUCAUGAUUUUUAUGAUCACAUUCACAUUGAUGAAAAAUGGUUUGAAAUCACCAAAAAAAACACAACAUUCUAUGCUCUUCCAGAGGAACCUGACCCCUACAGAACCACUCAAAGCAAAAGCUUCAUACCAAAGAUCAUGUUCCUGGCUGCAGUAGGUAGGCCAAGGUAUGGGGAGGGUGGAGAUGUGUUAUGGGAUGGGAAAAUAGGCAUUUUCCCAUUCACUUUUGAACAGGAAGCACAAAGGUCUAGUAAAAACAGGCCUGCGGGGACAUUGGAAACAAAGGCUGAACCAACUGUGAAUAGAGAUGUUAUGAAGAGAAUGUUACUGACUAAUUUGAUACCUGCAAUUAAGCAGAAAUGGCCUGGGUCAUCAAGGGAUAUUAUUAUCCAACAAGAUAAUGCUAAGCCUCAUGUGGAUGGCAAUGACCCUGAAAUUGUAGCUGCUGCUCAAGAAGGGGACUGGAACAUUCAACUGAAAUUCCAGCCCCCCAACAGCCCUGAUUUAAAUGUACAUGAUCUAGGAUUUUUUAGAUCCAUUGACUCAGUACAAGACCAAACAGCUCCUAGGUCAUUGACAGACUUGGUUAAGCCUGUUACAACAGCCUUUGAAGAACUAUCACAUGACAAACUAAACAAUGUCUUCUUAACUCUACAAGGGGUGAUGGGUGAGAUACUCAGUCACAAUGGAGGAAACCAAUUCAAAAUUCCUCAUAUGGGAAAAAGUAAGUUGGCCAGACAAGGAAUACUACCACAGAAUUUGGGAGUAAGCACAGAAGUGUAUGAGAAUGCACAAAAGUUCUUAUAGGAACAUAUGUAAGUACUUAAUGAUUAAGUACUUUUUUGUUGUGUGUGCAAAGGUGGUCAAGGAAAGGUACAAUAUCUAUAUGUACUUCCAAGUGAACCUUUUGCACAUUCUUUUUGCUUUUUGUUGGCCUAGAAUGCCAUUUUUUGCUUUUUGUAAAAGUAUAUCAUAUUCUGAUCAAGUGUAGCAUAUAAUAGGGACUGCACAAUUUUUGCUUUUUGUAAAAGUAUAUCAUAUUCUGAUCAAGUGUAGCAUACAAUAGGGACUGCACAUUUUUUGCUUUUUGUAAAAGAAUAUCAUGAAGUGUAUCAAGUGCAGCAAAGUUUUAUUGGAAUGAAGUGUAUCAAGUGCAGCAAAUGUAUCAGAUAGAGGCAACAAAUAGGACCUGCCCUG